AGACCAGUUUUUUAGACUCACAUCAGUUCCCUGCAGCACCAGAGGUCCGAUGGGUAUCGCGUGAUUUCCCACGGCGCAAAUGGUGCACGAGUGAAGUGAGCAAGCAUUAUCGGCCGAAGCGAAGGAGCAACUUUCCACUUGGAUGGGCCAUGCGAGGAGCAGCAGCAGCAGUAGCGAAGAAGAUGGAGACGCCGAGUGGAAAGCCGCCAUCGAUUCCAUAGCCGCCGCCGACCUCUUUCUGACCAAGAAUCGUGCAAUCGAUGCUUCCAACCCCUCCUCGCAGAACAAUGAUAAGCUUUCCGAACCGAAUCUUGAAGGAGACCCAGAUCCCAAAUUCAGAGCCCAGUUGCCGAAGCACUACCAAAUCAAGGCACAAAAGAUUCUGGAUGACAUCGUAGAAAGAAACUUGGAAAUUGUGAGCAAUCCAGUUAACAUCCAAGAUAGUGACAGAGAAGAUGAUGGAGGUGGGAUUCAACUUUUUAGAACUGCACCCCGUGGUAUCAUGUUUGAUCAAACAGAUAAGCCACAAGGACCAAAAAAGAAACCGAGAAUUUUGCCUGGAGAAGACAUCGAUGAGAAAUCAAAAAAGUUCAAGAGGCAACUCCAAUCAGUUGUUGUCGAUGGCUUAGAUGUAAUGGUUGCAGCGAAAGCUGCAAGCCAGAAGUCGUUGGCAAGAUUAGAAGCUAGAGAUGCAGCGGCAAAAGUGGCUGCCAAAAGAGAGGAAGAAAGAGUUGCAGAACUAAAGAGGAUCAGAGGGCAGAGGUGGCUACCUUCUAUCGCUAAAGAAAUGCAAGUUGAGCGUCAGGGGCAAUAUAAUAAAGUAUGAUGCUUCCACAGUUGCAUGACUCUUUGAUCCACUCACGAUUGCUUGUGUCAUCCUUUCAGGCAUUCCAGUUUAUUUUUUCCUUCCAUUCAAGUUUGGUUCUGCUGAUUAUUGGACCAGGUGCAGGCAUUUUCCAAUUUGAUUAUGCCAUAGAGUCUCAUAUUUAGAUUCUUUAGCAACUGAGCUGUAAAGUAGUCAUCCUCUAACAUUUUUUGCCUCAUCUGCUGUCUGAACAUAUGCUUGUCUUGAAGCUCA